AUGCAGAGACGGGAGUCGCAGAGUCUCGGGAUUAUACAUGCUGAGUUGCCGGAGGACCCGGUGCUAUUCAAAGAGACUGAACCGUCACCGACCAAGGAGAGGCGCCGAACGAGGUCACAAGCGCAACCCUGGUCGCCCAUUCCAGCCCAGCGAUUCGUCUGCCCCCCGUCUGCCCGCCUCGCCCGCCUCACGCUCACCUUUUUUUGGCUUGAUAAUGGGGAGAGCGAGGGCAAAAGCCUUGUGGAACCCCCAUGA